AUGUCUGUGUUGAUUGCUGGUCAUUCUCAGGCUAAGUAUUUUUCGCAGUAUUUGGAUAGGGAGGAGGAUGUUAGUGUUGUGUCUCAGAGUGGUGGUAGGAUAGAAAAUGUCUGGAGGAAUAUUAGGGAUGUGGUUUGUAGUUAUGAUAUUGUGGUUGUGCACAGUGGUGCAAACAAUUUAAUUCAUGGUGAUUCAGUGGAGUGUAUGUUAGGAAAAUAUCAGGAUUUGGUUGAAAGGAUAUGGCAUGUUAAUCCGGAGGUUGUUGUGGUGUUGUCUGCUAUCCUUCCACGUGGUGACAAUAGGUUUGGAGAUAAGUUGGUCAGGCAGGAUUACAUUGAUAGGAUAAAUAGGAUGGCUAAGGAAGUCAAUAGGGCUCUGGCGUAUAUAAGUAGUAGGUAUGCAUUGUUGGAGUUUGUAGGACAUAGGGAGUUUAUGGAGAAAGGUGUUCUGAAUAGGUCUUUGUUGAGUAGAGAUGGACUGCAUCUGAGUUUUUCAGGUACUAUGAGUGUUGUUAGGUCUCUGUUAGGUUGCAUUAGAGGUGUUCGGAUGUCUGGUAGGUUCAGUUCUAUAUGGGAUGUAGAGGAGGAAGGUCAGGAGUCAGUAGUGCAGGAGUCAGUGGUGCAGGAGUCAGUUGUCCAGGUGUGUGAUCAGGAGUGUACGGAUUACAGGGAUGUCUUGCUUAGACCAGUUGAAGUGGAGGUGUCAGUUCAGCCUGAGGAGUUCGGUAUUGAAUCUCAGGAUUGGCCAGCUUUGCCAGGACAGGAGUCAGGUAUGCAGCAGUUAGGUGUUGUUGAGUCAGGUGAUCAGAAGGUAGUUUGUCAGGAGGUUGUACAGGCUUCUAGUAGUCAGGAGUCAGUUAGUGAGUUAGGUGGUCCCAAGGUAGAAGGUGCUGAUUCUGAUGAUAGGAAGGUAGUUGGUGCUAAGUCGGGUGAUAGGAAGGUAGUUAGUGCUAAGUCAGGUGGUCAGAAAUCAGUUAGUAAGAAGUCUGGUGGUCCCAAGGUAGUUGGUGCUAAGUCUGAUGAUAGGAAGGUAGUUGGUGGAAAAUCAGGUGUACAGGAGUUAAGUAAUGAAAAGUUAAGUGAUGAGAUGUGA